GGAUGACGGUCAAGUCAGUCAAAUUUGAACUUCCGGGUGCUGAAAGCGUUGCAAAACAGACUCCCAUCCAGCGAGACAGUGGUGGAAGAGGACAGUCACCGAGAAAACACUGGAUAACACAGCUUUAGGAAAAGUGAGUAACUUCACUUGUUAACAGCAGAAGGUGUCAUUUAAUAAGUGAUGAUGUCUGAGGUCCUGCAGGUGCUGCGUGGGGCAGGUAAAGUGGGUUCUGCCCUGAUCACCACCCAGGGAGAACAGCUCCGCUUAAUGGCCUGCAACUCCACACUGGGAGCAGGGGUUAAAGUUGCUCAGGAUGUGGUGGAAGGGCUGGCGGGCACCUUCAUGGGCGGCAGCAAUGCGCAACAGUCAGUAAAGGAGGAUGUGUUUCCGGAUGCUGAGGGCUGGGAGAACAUGGACGCUGAUGAAGCAGCCAAAUGGGCCAUGGGUGCAGAGUUCCACUCUGAUGCAGUGGACCAAACCCAGACAGAAGCUGGAGCUGCAGGAGUGCACUCUUCUCCAGGGGCAGGUCCGGCAGGGGCGGGAUGGCCAGGGCAGAGCGCUCGUUUCCUCCACACGACCCCCGGCCUCCACCGUUACUACUACUACCAAACCAGAUCUGUCCACGACACAGUGGUGGCCAGACUCACACCAGAAGACAUCAAGAAGGCCAGAGAUGCUAAGCAGGCCCUGGCCAAACCUGUCAGACAGAAGCUGAGUGACCGUGCCAGAGAGAGGAAGGUGCCUGCCACGAGAAUCAGCAGGCUGGUUAAUUUUGGGGGACUGGCAGUAGGGCUGGGGAUCGGUGCCAUUGCAGAGGUGGCAAAACAGUCACUGGGAGGCAAACAAAAAGGAGACAUGAAUGCCCUGCUAGACUCUCCUCUCCUCUCAGAGGCCAAUGCUGAGAGAAUAGUCAACACACUGUGUAAAGUCCGCGGGGCUGCACUCAAGAUAGGACAGAUGCUCAGCAUACAAGACAACACCUUCAUCAACCCCCAGCUGCAGAAGAUCUUUGAGAGGGUCCGGCAGAGUGCAGACUUCAUGCCGACCUGGCAGAUGAAUAAAGUAUUAGAGCAGGAGCUGGGGCCAGGCUGGCGGGAGAAGCUAUCGUCCUUUGAAGACAAACCGUUUGCGGCAGCUUCCAUCGGCCAGGUGCAUCAUGGGGUUUUAAAAGAUGGUAGAGAAAUCGCCAUGAAGAUCCAGUACCCCGGAGUGGCAGAGAGCAUCCACAGUGACAUCAACAACCUGAUGUCAGUACUGAAAAUGAGCGUGGCCUUGCCGGGAGGUCUGUUUGCAGACAGCAGCUUAGAGGUUCUUCAGAGAGAGCUGGCAUGGGAGUGCGACUAUAAGAGGGAAGCCGAGUGCGCCAAGAAGUUCAGGUCCCUGCUGGAGGGAGAUGAGUAUUUCCAAGUCCCAGAGGUGAUUGAUGAGCUGUCAGGGCGCAGGGUGCUGGCCAUGGAGCUGGUACAGGGAGUCCCACUGGAUGGCUGUGUAGACCUGGACCAGGAGACUAGGAACCAGAUUGGUUUCAACAUCCUCCAGUUGUGUCUCAGAGAGCUAUUUGAAUUCAGGUUUAUGCAGACAGAUCCAAACUGGUCCAACUUCUUCUACAACGCAGACACAAACAAGGUGAUUCUGUUGGAUUUCGGAGCGUGCAGAGGCUACCCAGAAUCCUUCACAGAUGACUACAUACAGGUGGUGCACGCAGCCUCCGUGGGUGAUCGAGCCACCGUUCUUUCCAAAUCAAAAGACCUGAAGUUCCUGACAGGCUUCGAGGCCAAGGCCUUCGAGGAUGCUCACGUGGAGGCGGUAAUGAUUCUCGGUGAAGCCUUCGCAUCCGCCGAGCCCUUUGACUUCGGCACCCAGAGCACCACCCAGCGCAUCCAGAGCCUCAUCCCCGUCAUGCUGCGCCACCGCCUCACCCCUCCACCCGAGGAGACCUACUCCCUCCACCGCAAGAUGGCCGGCUCCUUCCUCAUCUGCUCCAAACUGAAGGCGCACAUAUCGUGUAAGGACAUGUUCCUAGACGUGUACAAUGCCUACAACCAGAGGAGGCAGGCGGAGCAGGCAGCACAGACCAGUGCUUAGACGCUCAGGGAGAAGCUCACUGCAGAAAUAUCUCCUCAUUAAGAACUAAGAAGUAAGAGAGGGCUCCUAAGUAAUGGGGCAGAAAAGAUGGAGUGUUGAAUCCACAGAUGGAGACAAAUGAUCAGAAUCACCUUGAACUCUACAUCGAGAUGUAACUGACUACGCCAGCGUGCUCUAAUGAUCACUAUGAGUGUGCUUGACUUUCUCUCGUCUUUUCAGUACUGUAGAUCACUGACAUCAGUCUGAGGGUGUAAUUACACGUCAUUCAGUGACUCAUCAAGGCCCGACUUUGCUGUCUCAUGUAUAGACAGACAUACUGUAAAUAGUUAAUGGAAUUGAAUUAUUAUGAAAAUAAUGGUGAUAAUUUUGUCAUAAAUGACUAUAUUAUGGAUGCAGUGUUUAUGUUAAUUGAAAAAGAAGAUAAUUUAAAUCAU